AUGAUAGACGGCGUACAAAAUGCGCCCGCCAUUCAUCCAAUCCAUGUUCACACAAUUCCAUUACAUCCAGUUACUGUACGACCGACACCUACCAAAAUAAAAACUUCAAAAUCUAGUGUACCAUCUAUCACUCCUACUCAAUCUUGGUGGCAUUGGGUAACCUCUACUCGACAUACUCAUAUUAUUUCAACUCCAUCUUCGAUACAUCAUCAUCGUUUACCAUGGUAUAAACAAGAUACAUUUCAACGAGUUUUUCGUAUUUUUCUUUUCGUCGUAUUAUUUGCUAUUGUAUGUAAAAUCCUGAAAACUAUUUGUAAAUCAAAGAAACAAAAGAAACUCAAUAAGAAAACUAAUCCUAUUACAGUACACAACAAAAUGUAUGUUUCUACAAUUGACAGCAACCGUGAAGAAGCACCACCAUCAUAUGUAACAAUUCAUAAUAUUUAA